CGAGCAGCUCAGAAGCGAUCGCGGUGGAGCAGCGGCGGCGGCGGAGGGGGGACCGGGAGCAUCGCGACAGCAUAGCGACAGCAUCGCCGCAGCCCCGAGACAGCUCUGCGACAGCGGCAGCACCGCUCUCGGGAUUAUCGCGUUCGGGAUUUGCCUCCCUCUGUUCGCCCUUUGGAUUACAAUUGCACCAUGACCCUGGAGGAGCUGGUGCCCUGCGACAGCAGCAAGAUGCAGGCGGUGAGCGAGGCGGUGGAGCGCGUGCUGGUGGCGGCGCAGCGGCAGGACCGGCUCACGGUGGGGGUCUACGAGUCCGCCAAGCUCAUGAAUGUGGACCCUGACAGUGUGGUGCUGUGCGUUUUGGCCACCGACGAGGAAGACGAAGGUGACAUCGCCCUGCAGAUCCAUUUCACCCUCAUCCAAGCCUUCUGCUGUGACAACGACAUCCACAUCCUGCGUGUCUCGGGCAUGCAGCGCCUGGCUGCCAUCCUGGGCGAGCCCGAACCGGGCACCGAGCCCCGCGACCUCCACUGCCUCUUAGUCACGAAUCCACACACGGAUGCGUGGAAGAGCCAAGGGUUGGCUGAGGUGGCAAAUUACUGCGCCGAGAGCCGCGACAGGAACCAGUGGGUACCAUACGUCUGCCUGCAGGAGCGCUGAUGCCCAGCUCUGGACCUGAAACGGGAGGAAUCAAAAAAAUCGGGAAGAAAGAGGAGAAAUGGCCAGUUAAAAAAAAAUAUAAACCCAAACACCCACCGAUUUUAUUUUACUUUUUAACCGGAGAGGAGAGGAAAAUGAAGAAGGAGCAGCCCGGCCGCAGCGGUGGGCAUGGGAAGGAGGCCAGCCAUGCCUGGUGGGACGCUGGCCCUGGAGCGCGCCGGAGCUGUGCCGCGGAGUUGUGCUUGGCCGCAGGAACCGGGGGACAACGGUGCUGAGGCGCCCCGGGCCUGGCGCUGCGGAGACGAGAUGGAGACUGGUUUGGUUUUCUUUCUUUUUUUGGCAUCUGUGUCUGGACAGAGGAGAGGACUGCAGAGGGAAUGGAUUUAUUUUGCAAACAAACUGCUUUUUCCAAGGGAUAAAUUGUCUGCAGCCACAGACCUGCAGCACCGGUGCCAGUUGUUGCACUCGAGCUACUUGGAGACCCUGAACUGAACCGAUUCUAGAGUUUAUUCUUAUACAGAGUUAAGAAAAAGUCAUUAUUUGCAAUAAAAUGUCUGAAAUCA